GGGUCCUUGGGGCGGGGCCGGGGCGGCAUCCGGGGCGGGGCCCCGCCGGCGUCCUUUUCCGGUGCGCGCGCUCUCGGGGCUGAUGGAGGCGGCCAAGAGGCCACGGUUGCGGUUGAGCCGCCGGAGGCCGGCCUCGGAGGGCGGCGGCCGCCCCUGGUUCCUGCCCGGCGGCGAGUGCGAGCUGUGGGCCGCGCUGCUGCGCACGGUGAGCGCGGACCUGCGCCUGGACGGCGAGGUGCCGCCGCUGCCCGCCUUCCCCGGCCAGGAGCCGGGACGCGGCCCGGAGCCCGCGGACCCCUGCGAGGCCUUCUCCGUCGGACCCCAGACCUUCAGCUGGACGCCGUUCCCGCAGCCCGCGGGGGGCUCACGCUGCUCCUACCGUCUGCUCCGCGGGGCGGGGGCGCGGCCCCAGCCGGCACCCCCCGCCUCCGAGUCGCCCGGGACCCCCGACCGGCCGGACGUGAGGAGGCCGCCGGCCCUGCAGAGCUGCCCCAUGUGCCAGAAGGAGUUUGGCCCCGGGCUGGCGCAGCUGGACGUUGACAGCCACCUUGCCCAGUGCCUGGCUGAGAGCACGGAAGACGUGGUGUGGUGACCGUCGGAGCCACGCUUGGGCCGAGGGCUGCACAGGCAUCUCAGGAGGCAGAGGCCUGGGCUCCUCUGGGAUGGGCGCUGGCCGGGGGCAGGGCAGGCGGCCCCGUCCUGUCACCCUCCACCCCCGCCCUGUCACCGCCCCCACCCCUGCCCUGUCACCGCCCCCUGCCCUGUCACCCCCCCCGCCCUGUCGCCUUCCACCCCUGCCCUGUCACCCUCCACCCCCGCCCUGUCACCCCCCCGCCCUGUUGCCUUCCACCCCUGCCCUGUCGCCCCCCACCCCUGCCCUGUCGCCCCCCCUGCCCUGUCGCCCCCCCCCCCCCCCGUGUUCCUUGUGCCGAGGUGGACGUGGGGCUCAGCUGCUCCCCGUGUCCCUCUGCGACGCGGCUCUGGAAUCCUGGUCCCCAAGGUGACGGUGGCGGAAGUGGGGCCUUUGUGAGGGCGGGGCUGGAGGGGGCCACCCCGGGCUCUGCAGCGCUGUCCAUGCCACACGAGGACCCAGGGGCGGCCCUCAGACCCCAGCGCCUGGAGAAGGGAGUGACUUCAGCCCACCUGGGCCUCGCCAUCCGUGGUGUGAAGGGGCCUUGGCGGUGGGCGGGCCGGUGCACCGCGUGGGCGGUGGGUCCUCGCGGGGCUCUGGGCCUGGCCGGGUCCCGCCCCGUCCGCGCACGCCGUGAAAGCUCAGCGGGAGACGCGCACUUUCCUUUUUGGAAAAGGCGCGCGCGGAAGGCCCGGAAGUCAUCCCCUGAGCAGGAGGCCGGUGUGGCGUGGGGUUCUCCAGGGGGCAGGAGAGGGACACGAGACAUCUCCCGUCGACGGCAGACCUCCCACGUGCCUGUAACGGCCAGGGCCGGGCCAGGCUGCAGCCAGAGCUCCCUCCGCGUCCCUCGCGGGGGCAGGGGCCCUGGGCUGUCGCCGUCUGCGUGAGCACGCGGCCAGGUCAGAGGUGCAGAGGAGCCAGGACUGGAACCAGGCCCUGGGAUGUGGGGUGGGGGACCUGCCCCACGCGAGGAUUUGUGGGGAACCAGCUGAGACCCGGGGGCCUCAGACCUGGGGAGCCGAGGGUGGGACUCCUGGCCCAGGGCCAGAGCCCGAGUGUGGGCAGGGGCCGCUGGCGUGAGUCCCGGAGCCCAGCGGCGGAGGAAGGCGUGCAGGCGCCCGCCCCCAAGGCCGCACACCUGGGCCCCACAGCCAGGACUGGCCGGCGCUGCCACGCGCUCCUGACCACGUGAGCCCACUUUCCCUCAGUGUAGCUGGGUACCUGAGAGGCUGCUCCGGGGCGGGGGGCAGUCAUGUCGCAAGGGAACAGCACCUGGGCCAGGGGCACUCGGAUGCUGACCGCCCAGGGUCCCCGCCGGCCCCGAGAGCCCUGGGCCCACCUCAGCCGCCGGCGCUCCGAAUACGCAAGAUGGGGAUGGCACGGGUCAGGGACUGCUGUGGCCCAGCGCCAGACGCACGGGCUGCCCCGCGGCCGGAGUGGACUCCGAUGGGGCGGCACGUGUGGCCCUGGCAGGGAGGCGGGGGUGGGGGCAGCGGCCAGCUGGGGAGUCUGCCCCUCCCCCUGCUGCGAGCCCGGGCCUGGGGGUGGGGGCACCUGGGUCCUCGCCAGCUGUGGACCUGCAUGGCGUUCUGGGCUCCUGGCUCCAGACUGGCCUGGGCCUGGCCGCUGCGACCCUAGGCGGAGUGAACCAGUGGACAGCAGCUCGCUCUCGGUUACUCUUUCAAAUAAAUCUUUAAAAACGUC